AUGGCUUCUUCUUCUUCUUGCUCUCAAUGGAUUUACGAUGUCUUUUUGAGUUUUAGAAGUGAAGACACUCGUAAGAACUUUGUGGAACAUCUCUAUGUAGCUCUGCAACAGAAAGGAAUUUACACUUUUAAAGAUGACAAGAAACUCGAGAGAGGAAAAUCGAUUUCUCCGGAACUCCUUAAAGCUAUUAAGAGAUCGAGAUUUGCAGUCAUCGUUUUCUCAAAGAAUUAUGCUUCUUCCUCGUGGUGCUUGGAAGAAUUGGUGGAGAUCAUUGAAUAUCCUUCAGAAGUACGGAAACAAACAGGGAAUUUCGCAGAAGCCUUUGCCAAACACGAUGAAAGAUUCUGCGAGAACAAGGAAAAGGUGCAAAGGUGGAGGGCAGCUUUGGUGGAGGCAGCAAAUUUAAGCGGUUGGGAUUUAAACAAUAUAGCAAAUGGGCAUGAGGCGAAGUUUAUCCAAGAAAUUGUUCAAGAGAUUUUUAAAAAAUUGGGGUCGACUAUACCACUAAGUGUUGCCAAGUACGAAGUGGGGUUAGUUUCCCGUGUGAAUAAAGUGAUUAGUUUGUUGGACAAUAGUUCAAAGAAUGUGCACAUUGUAGGAAUUUGUGGAGCUGGCGGAAUAGGAAAAACAACCAUUGCUAAAGCUGUUUACAAUCAAAUAUUUGAUCAAUUUGAAAGUCGUUGUUUCCUUAGCAAUGUGAAAGAAGAAGCUUCAAAACAACAUGGUCUAACUUGUCUCCAAAAACAACUCUUGAAUGACAUCCUAAUGGAAAAAGAUUCCCAGAUAUCUAACGUUGACUAUGGAAUCUGUGUGAUAAAGAGAAGACUUUGUUACAUGAAGGUUCUUGUAGUUCUUGAUGAUGUGGAUCACUUGAAGCAAUUAGAAAGUUUAGCCGGAGGAAAUGAUUGGUUUGGUUUUGGAAGUAUGAUCAUCAUAACAACUAGAGAUGAACGUUUAUUAGUAGAACAUAAAAUUGAUCAUGAAAUAUACAAGGUUGACCUAUUGAAUGACAAUGAGGCACUUGAGCUUUUUAGUUGGCACGCCUUCACAAAAAACCAUCCUGUAGAGGAUUUUUUGUCUCUCUCAUGGAGUGUAAUAAAGUAUGCCCAAGGCCUUCCAUUAGCUCUCCAAGUUUUGGGUACUUUUUUAUUUAAGAAAAGCAGAAAAGAGUGGGAACAUGAACUAGAUAAUUUGAAAAGAAUUCCAAAUAGAGAAAUUCAUCAAGUUCUUAAGAUAAGUUUUGAUGGCCUCAAUGAUAUAGAGAAGGAUCUAUUCCUCGACAUUGCUUGUUUCUUUAGAGGGUGUGAUACAGAUUAUGUAAUGGACAUACUAGGCAGUUAG